AUGCGGUACAGCACAGGCGAGGUCGAGGCGCCGUCGAAACAAUAUGACAACGAGCGCGGGGGACACGCAUCCCCCACUGUCGACAUCGACCGUGUCACCAACGAUACUCUGGGCUUUUCCAAGGUUUUCGUCGUCGGCCUGCCCGAGCGAACCGAUAAGCGUGAUGCCAUCGCACUCACGAGCUCCUUGACGGGUUUCCACGUCGAGUGGGUAGAUGGGGUGCGGGGAGAGACGGUAGUUGACAAGGCAUUGCCCUUUGGAGUUGAUAGAAAGGAGCUGUGGGAGAACAAUCUGGGGAGUUGGCGAGGACACAUGAACGCGGUGCGAAGGUGA